GCCUGAUCACAAUCCCGUAGCAGAGGCUCCGGUAGGUUAGCUUGAGCUCGUCCCCGGUUGUCGUGUGUGUGAAAGCGGUGACAGCUGAAAACAGAGUUCCAUCCCGGCUCGUGCACUCAACAGAAUCGCAAACAUGUUCGAGGAGGCGAGUGAAGUGUUCGACAACAUGUUCAAAUCAUCGUUUCCCCUCACCUUCAUCGUGUUUAUCCCCGCGGUGCUCAUCCUGGUGGCACCGCUCCCGGCCGAGGCGGCACAUGAGUUCACGGUGUACCGCAUGCAGCAGUACGACCUGCAGGGACAGCCUUACGGUACCAGGAACGCCAUCCUGAACACCGAGGCUCGUACUGUGGAGGCAGAGGUACUAAGUCGUCGCUGUGUUAUCAUGCGACUGGCGGACUUCUCCUACGACAAGUAUCAGAAAGCCCUGCGCCAGUCGGCGGGGGCUGUGGUCAUCACGCUGCCCAAGAACAUGUCUGCUAUGCCCCAGGACAUAGUGCAGCAGUUUAUGGAGCUGGAGCCAGAGAUGUUAGCGACUGAGACCAUCGUCCCCGUGUACUUUGCCAUGGAGGACGAUGAGCUGCUGUCCAUCUACACCCAGACCCUGACAUCGUCCUCCUCACAGGGCUCUUUGUCAGCUGCUGAAGUGCUGCUGCACACGGCCACAGCAAACGGCUUCCAGAUGGUCACCAGUGGAGCUCAGAGCAAAGCAGUCAAUGACUGGGCCAUCACCAGUUUAGAGGGUCGUUUGGCUGGAGUCGGAGGAGAGGACCUGCCCACUAUCGUGGUGGUGUCUCACUACGACUCGUUUGGUGUUGCUCCAUGGCUGUCGUAUGGCGCCGACUCGAACGGUAGCGGAGUGUCCAUGUUACUAGAGCUGGCUCGUCUCUUCUCGAAACUCUACACCUACAAGAGGACACACGCUGGGUACAACCUGCUGUUCUUCGUGUCGGGUGGAGGCAAGUUUAAUUACCAGGGAACAAAACGUUGGCUGGAGGAGAAUUUGGACCACACAGACUCCAGUCUGCUGCAGGACAACGUGGCCUUCGUGUUGUGUCUGGACACUCUGGGGAACGGAGACUCUAUGCACCUCCAUGUGUCCAAACCUCCUAAAGAGGGAACUCCACAGUAUUCUCUGCUCAAAGAGCUGGAGACGGUGGUGAGCAGUCAGUACCCGGAGGUCAAGUUCUCCAUGGUCCACAAGAAAAUCAACCUGGCCGACGACAUGCUGGCCUGGGAGCACGAGCGCUUCGGGAUCCGCCGGCUGCCGGCCUUCACUCUGUCGCACCUGGCCUCGCACCGCCUGGCUGAGCGCUCCAGCAUCAUGGACUCGCGGUCAGUGUCCCCCUCCUCUCGCCACGGAGCGGGAGAAACCCCGGCUGGGCCACACGUCGAUGUAAAUAAACUUGGCAGGAACACCAAGGUGGUAGCAGAAGCACUGGCCAGGGUCAUCUACAACCUCACAGAGAAGGGAGCCCCUGGAGACCUGCAGAUCUUCACUGAACAAAUGCAGGUUCAGGAGGAGCAGUUAUCGGCAGUGGUGGACUGGCUCACAGCGCAGCCACGUGCCGCUCAGCUGCUGGACAAAGACAGCAGUGUGGUGUCCACCCUGGAGUAUCACCUCGGGCGUUACCUCAAGGACGUCAAGAGACACUAUGUCAAAGCUGACAAAAGGGAUCCAGAGUUUGUUUUCUAUGACCAGCUCAAACAAACGAUGAAUGCUUACAGAGUGAAGCCUGCUAUCUUUGACCUGCUGCUGGCUGUCUGCAUCGCAGCCUACUUAGGGGUGAUGUACCUCGCCAUCCAGAAUUUCGGAAUCCUCUACAGCGUCGUCCGCAGAAUCACUCAACCCAAGGCGAAGGUCCACUAAUCCAACACACACCCACCUCUUUCCUGUUCCUGACCCCGACCCCCGUCUGAUACAUGAAACUCAAGCCAGUAAGAACACAGACGCUGGACCGAGCUGCAGUUCUCGCAGCGGUUUCCCAACCAGCAGAAUCACUUCCACGUCCUUAAUCCUGAUCCACAAACUAUGAUGUCAGAUCCUGUCCUGCUGCCAACUUAAUCCCUUUUCUGUUUUAAGGACCAGAAUAAUCAGGAAUCAUUCUUCUCUCCACAGAUGUCUCGUCUUUCUUUUCUGGUAACACCAAGCGUUGGAAAUAUUCCACUAUUUGACUCUUUUGUUCGAUUAAAAAUCAUGUGUUCGCACCUCAGAGGUGUACGAUGCCAUGAAGUGAGAUUUUGUGACGCUACCAUACGAGGUCAAGUUGCAUGUUUACUCAGCGACUGGAGGGAAAAUGUCAGAGUUUAGCCCAGAAUUGAUUUUGUUCAGAGACGUGUUGACCAACCACAUUUUUUUAAAGGACAAGACAAUUCUCCAAGUUAUUAAUUCCUGCAGAGACCGCCUGUUUCCCCGUGUUUUUUUACAUCGAUUGAUUGAUCUCUUGCUUCCACAUCUCUUCAUAGUCAAUAAGGACAUGAGGAUCGCGUCACUAAGAAUGUAGAUCUAGGUCUGCGAGUGCUGCAAUGAGCAGACGAGAACAUGACUCCGAAAAUACAAGUUUACGGAAAAGACAAGUUGUCUAAAUAAAAUGUGAAGUAGGAUUUAUUUAAUCUUGAUGGUAGUGAGUAAAUUAAAAUUAAAAUAAAGCUGAAUGGGAAAGAAAAUCAUUUUCAAAUAAUUGUGUGUAUGACACUUCCCUUUUCUCCCCAUUUAAUAUAUAGAAAUGUAAUAACAGAUUCUUUUUUGCGUCGCCUUUUUUUCCAGGUUUAUUUCUCUGUUGCUGUGAUUUCAUGGUUCUUUUUUUACUUUUUUUUAUCCUGAUUUGAUAAAAAAAAGAAAUAAUGCUGAAGCUCUCAUCUCAAUGCUCCUGUUCCAAAAGGUCACACACAACAAUCAUGGUUUCUUGUCUAAUCGGAGCCGGUGGGAGUCGACGAGAUAAAACUUCUCCCUUUACUCCUUUUUUAUCAGUAGAAAUCAUGUCUUACGCUGACUGAAGCAAAAACAAGCUGACUCAAUCAGAAGGUUUUUUAAAGCUGUGUUAAGAUGGUGGUUGAGCCAGAGCUGCAGUAUUUAUACAUCAGUGUCUUAAAAUGUUGGAUUAAAUUGGAUCAAUGACCUUAAACACAUCCAGAUAUUAAGUUGUCACUUCAACGAUAUCUUUGUAUCUGUUUCCUUGAUCUUUCUGCCCUCCUCUUGCCUUGUGUGUUAUGGGUUUUUUUUCACCGUUUUGUAUUUUCCAUGUGUUACUGCAUGACCUGUAUCACCCCCCCACCCCCCCUCCCCGGCAACAGAGAGUGACUGUGUAUUCACCAACAUGAGGGAAAUACUGUGUGGUACAUGUGAGUUUUUAAUUUAUUGAAGCAGUUUUCAUGUGUGCACUGAGAUGAACUCUGCUCUGAACUCGUGUUUCACCUCAUCCACGAUUCUUGAUCCGUGCGAUGGAAACGAUAUCAGUUGUGAUUUCAAAUAAACGAUGAGAAAGGAAAAGUCA